AUGCCGCACAGCUAUGGUUACAGGGCGCGCACCAGGCACAUGUUUGCCAAGCAGUUCAAGAAGCAUGGCCAGGUUCAGGUCAGCCGCUUCUUGAGGCCGUUCCAUGCCGGCGACAUUGUCGACAUUGUCGCUGACCCCGGUGAGCAGAAGGGUAUGCCGCACAAGUACUACCAGGGCCGCACUGGUGUUGUGUACGGUGUCUUCCCCCGUGCUGUCGGUGUCAUUGUGUACAAGACUGUCGGCAACCGCAAGAUGGAGAAGCGUGUCAACCUCCGUGUUGAGCACGUCCGUCACUCCAAGUGCCGUGACGACUUCAUCCGCCGUGUGAAGAGCAACGCUGCUGCCAAGCGCGCUGCCAAGGAGCGUGGCGAGCACGUCGACCUGAAGCGUGUGCCCGCUCUGCCCCGCGCUGAGCACACCGUUACCACGACCAGGAACACUCCUGUGACGCUGGCUCCCCAGGCCUACGACACUUACAUCUAA